AUUCGGUAGCAAUUCAGUUCCAGCUGUAACCUUGUCGCGUUCGGAUGUGCAUUUCGAAACCACGUGCGGUACCAUUUCGGGUCAUCUGGGUCUCUGUCUUUGGCGUCAGUGAAGUUAAUUAAACUGAUCAGGUCGAAGUGGGGUGGUGUUUUUUUCCCGAACUCUCAAGUGGAACCGUUGAUCGGAACGUGUUCGGUUCAAAGAAAAAUCAAGACUGCAACAGACGGUCAGUCACAUCGUAGGACCAGAGCAGACUAGCGCAGAAGGGUUAAACAGAAUGUCCGAUACGGAAGAGGAUUCGCUUAGUUCGGAAAGUUGGCCCAUCAACGAGGACUGGCUGAUUGAGGUACUGAAGAAGCACCACGAGGUGCGUUCCGGGAUAAAGAUUACGGAUUUCAAGGUGAAACAGGGCUGCCACGAUGGGGUGAACAACCUGAGCGACAUCCUGUCGGUGUCGGUGGCGUACGAAUUCCAGGAGGCCGACCAUGUCGCUAGCAAGCAUCUGGACAUUGUGAUAAAGCUGCUGCCGCAGGAUCCGUUCAGCAGGUUCUUCGUGACGGAAGCGCAGUUCGAUUUGCGGGAGAUUAAGUUCUACACCAGCAUUCUUCCGGAUCUCCUCGCCUUCCAGGAGUCGGCCGUCGCCAAGGAGGACAGCGCCACCAUCUUGGUGUCGGUACCGACUUGCUUCUACACUCAGUACGCACCGGCCAUCAGCCCCUCGCAGGGCAGUCCGGAACCACCGGAGAGCAUCUUGGUGCUGGAAGACAUGCGCUCUCUCGGAUACAAAGGAGCCAACUUCACGUCCGGCUUGACCGUCAGUCAAACUGAGUCCGCUAUUCGCGCCAUCGUGGCCAUCCAUGCUCUGUCGCUGGGACUUAAACUCAAAAAGAAGGUCGACGUGAACGAGAAGUACCCCUUCCUAUUUCAAACGACCCGUGCCACCGAGAGCUACCAACAGCUAGUCGAGCAGGGCAUGCCGCAGCUGACCAAGUUCCUCGAGGGCAAACCGGGCUAUGAAAACGAGCUGAAAGCCCUGAACAAAAUUCGCACCAAAACCAAAGAACUGAUCGAAACCUUGCUGCAACCGAUAGAACCGAUGGGACUGAUCACGCACACCGACUUCUGGUGCAACAACUUGUUGUUCCGGGCCGAAGGAGAUGGUACCGACAGCUGUAUCAUCCUGGACUGGCAGAUGGUGACCUACAGCCGGCCAACGAACGAUCUAGCUCUGCUACUGAUUUCUUCAAUUCCGUCCAACAUCCGGCGCCAACAUGGGGGUCGGCUACUCGAUCUGUACUACAACCUGCUCAAGUCGUACUGCCAAAAGUUGGACAUCGAUGUGGAGGCCGACUUGGGAUACAGUCGGAACAAGAUGGAACUGGAGUAUCGACAAUCGGAACUACUCGCCCUGCUGCUUUGCAUCGGUUCGAUCGACAUCGCCAUAGGGAAUCCAGUUGCGGAGCAACGCUUGCUGGACGUUCUGCGGGAUUUCAACGAGGAAGGAAUUCUCAGUAUGGAUGAGUGCAUUUAAAAGCCAGUUUCGCGACAAUUGGAAAUUUUGCAUUUUGGGAAUCGACGCAUCGGCGUCGAAUCAAAUUCAUCAAUUUUAUAACAAGCCAAGAUACAGAAAGAGGCGGCUGCUACUAGACUACUUCCCCGUUUCACUUAGAAUAAAUGAAUCUAAUGUGUAAGUGUAGGUGAUCCAGCGCUCCCUUAGCCAGAAACCGAUUCCAACCAGCAAAAAGUCAAUCCUAAAUCAAAAGCAUACGUUUUGAAAUGCCUUUUUUAGCAGAUGAGAUUAAACUAUGUGACAGCGUAGACGCUACAUACAGUAUAGAUGUAAUCGUAAGAAAACCAAACUAAAAGUAAAGCAUACUCAGCGAACAUAUUUGGUUUCAGCUGCAGGUCAAAAGAUAAAAGUAUAAAUUGUUUAACUGAAGCUUAGCAAAAACAGAAAACCUAUAUUAGUCAGUAGCACAAACAUAAACAAACACACACGCAAAUUAACCGAAACCAAUCUUUGCCGUAUUGAUAGAAUUUUAUCGUCAAAUUAAAACAUUCCAGUGCUGAGGCGUAAGCACGCACAGUGUUGUAUCCGGAUUACAGGUGACAAGUUGCUGUAAUAAACAUGAUUAAAUUAUU